AUGGAGAAAGGCACCGUCCUGAUGAACCGGUACGAGCUCGGCCGCAUCCUGGGACAUGGAACUUUUGCAAAGGUGUAUCAUGCUAGGAGCCUUAUGACCGAUCACCACAGUGUCGCCAUCAAGGUCAUCGACAAGGAAAAAGUGUUGCGUGUCGGCAUGAUCGAGCAGAUCAAGCGGGAGAUCUCUAUCAUGCGGCUCGUCCGCCACCCCAACGUCGUCCAGCUGCACGAGGUGAUGGCCAGCAAGACCAAGAUAUACUUUGUCAUGGAAUAUGUCCGUGGAGGUGAGCUCUUCAGCAGGGUCGCCAAAGGCCGGCUCAAGGAGGAUGUGGCGAGAAAGUACUUCCAGCAGGUGAUCGGGGCCAUCGAUUUCUGCCACAGCCGUGGUGUGUACCACCGGGACCUCAAGCUGGAGAACCUACUCGUUGACGACACCGACAACGUCAAGGUUUCAGACUUUGGGCUCAGCGCCGUGAGGGAGUCUCAGAGGCCAGAUGGGCUGCUGCACACCACAUGCGGCACGCCUUCGUACGUCGCCCCAGAGAUCAUCGACAACAAGGGCUACGAUGGCGCCAAGGCAGAUGUGUGGUCUUGUGGAAUCAUACUGUUUGUUCUGCUCGCGGGCUACCUUCCAUUCUACGAUUCCAACCUGAUGGAGAUGUACAGGAAGAUAGGCAAAGGUGAAUACAAGACCCCUCACUGGUUCAGCGAUGAGGUCCGCAAGCUUCUGGCAACACUUCUUGAUCCAAACCCGGAGACCCGCAUCACCAUCGAGAAGCUAAUCGACCAUCCGUGGUUCAGGAAGGAGUAUAAACCAGCGGUGAUGCCGGCACAGCCACACAGCCCAAACAGCUUGAAAGACGUGCAGGUUGCUUUCAGCACCGACCACGAAGAUAGCAAGUGUGAGAAGGCAGAACAAUCAUCAAGCCCCAUGAAGCCAGCAAGCUUGAACGCGUUUGACAUCAUCUCCCUCUCCCAUGGAUUUGAUCUUUCGGGCCUGCUGGAGAUGGAGCAAAAGCAGAAGGUGCAUGAGCUCUUCAUAACAAAGAAGCCAGCUUCAGCAAUUGUAUCCAAGCUGGAGGAGAUUGCUGAGACAGAGCACUUCAAUGUGAAGAAACAAGAUGGGGUAGUGAAGCUGCAGGGGUCCAAGGAAGGGAGGAAGGGGCAACUCACCAUCGAUGCGGAGAUAUUUGAGGUCGCGUCAUCCUGCUACGUCGUCGAGGUGACCAAGGCAGCAGGGGACACCUUAGAGUACCAAUCAUUCUGCAACAAGGACCUAAGGCCUUCCCUCAAGGACAUCUGCUGGACCUCGCCGUCAGAGGAUCAGCUCCAAUCUGUAUCCGAGUAG